AAGUACGCACGUACGUAACGUCUGGCGAGGGGGGCUGCCCUUAAAAAGAGGGACACUCCGCCUCCAUAGCACCAGUUCUGCGGAAAAGCCGCACGCUAGAGGAGCGGACACAUUCCACAUCGUGUUUUCAUUCUUUUAACGGAAGCCUAAAGAUGUCCACCAAGGAGAAGCUGAUCAGCCAUGUGAUGAAGGAGGAGCCUGUUGGCAGCAGGAACAAGGUGACGGUGGUGGGUGUCGGCAUGGUGGGCAUGGCCUGCGCCAUGAGCGUACUGCUCAAGGACUUGUGCGAUGAGCUCGCCCUGGUCGAUGUGAUGGAGGACAAGCUGAAGGGUGAGGCCAUGGACCUGCAGCAUGGAUCUCUCUUUCUGAAGACACACAAGAUCGUGGCUGACAAAGACUACAGCGUGACAGCCAACUCCAGAGUGGUUGUGGUGACUGCUGGAGCCCGCCAGCAGGAGGGCGAGAGCCGUCUUAACCUGGUGCAGCGAAACGUCAACAUCUUCAAGUUCAUCAUCCCAAACAUCGUCAAGUACAGCCCCAACUGCAUCCUGAUGGUGGUUUCUAACCCAGUGGACAUCCUGACCUAUGUGGCCUGGAAGCUGAGUGGUUUCCCUCGUCACCGUGUCAUUGGCUCUGGCACCAACCUGGACUCCGCCCGCUUCCGUCACCUGAUGGGAGAGAAGCUCAACAUCCACCCUUCCAGCUGCCACGGCUGGAUCAUUGGAGAGCAUGGAGACUCCAGUGUGCCGGUGUGGAGUGGUGUGAAUGUUGCUGGAGUGUCUCUCCAGACCCUCAACCCAAAGAUGGGGGUUGAUGGAGACAGUGAGAACUGGAAGGAGGUUCAUAAGAUGGUGGUCGAUGGGGCCUAUGAGGUCAUCAGGCUGAAGGGCUACACCUCCUGGGCCAUUGGUAUGUCUGUGGCUGACCUGGUGGAAAGCAUCCUGAAGAACUUGCACAAAGUGCACCCUGUGUCCACACUGGUCCAGGGCAUGCAUGGAGUGAAGGAUGAGGUCUUCCUGAGCAUCCCUUCUGUCCUGGGCAACAGCGGCCUGACAGAUGUGAUUCACAUGACACUCAAGCCCGAAGAGGAGAAGCAACUGGUGAAGAGCGCUGAGACCCUGUGGGGUGUACAGAAGGAGCUCGUGCUGUGAAGUGCGCUCCUCUGAAUCCUCCAAUCCACUCUGAAACCACACUCAACACCGCGUGGUCGGCUCCCUCCUGCUGUACCUCCUGUGUCCCAACAGGCAAAUGAAACCACUGAAUAUCUAAAAAGGCCAAGUGUUAGCUAAAGCAGUGGAGUCUAAAUUUUACCUUCAGAUAUUCACAUGUGGGUGUCAUUCUCCUGUGCUGCCCCCCCACCCCACCCAUGACUGAAUUACCACAAAUGUAACUCAUACCUUUGGCCUUUGAGCUCAGUCUGUGUUGGAGAGAUUAUUUGUUGUCCUGUCUACUCGAGAAAAGUAAGGCCUUUGCAAAAUGAGCAUCCCCUAUGUACUGUAUGUUACACUGUGCACUGUUGCUUAUUCUUUACACUCCUUGUCUGUAGUAUUUAUUCUGUGUUGUCUGUGAUUGUUGCCAGUUGGUUUUUUUUCACUUGGUGAUCUCUGUUUAGUUUUUAUUUGGAGUAUAAUGGAGACAUUCCAUUCCCUAUGAGGUAGGGCUUCCUGUCCACGUACAGUCAUAGCUAAGCUAACACUGCUGCAAAUACUACCGGGCCAGAGAUCUGUCAUACCAAAGUACCAUAUCAUUUGAGAAAAACAAAGCUACAUCUACCAGGUGGCACUGAAGCCUUUGUACUCAAACCUAACCACAAGUGCACUGACAGAAAAACAAAAACAAUUUUAAAGGUAAGGUUUAAAGAACUAGUAAGAAGCCAAUAAAGAUUUUUGAAUGAGAGGAUUAAAGGGAUUGCCAAUGAGGUGACUUGCCAGUGUUUCUUAGAGAAAACAGAGAGCCAAUGGAAAAGAGCCAACUACAGUCAUUACCUAGCAUCAGGUAAUGUAUCAUAACUGAAGGUAACAGUUUUGAAGGUGUGGUUUGUUUGCACACCCUAAGUACCCUCAAAGGGUUUUGUAUUUAUUUUACUUGACGUGACUCUGGAAAAAAAAAAACGGAUAUUAACUGAGCAAUGAUGGUAUUAUUUAUAACCUUUAGUACUGUUAAGAUCUAUUUAUGUAUUAAAGUUACAACCUUACUCACAGAAGAACAGUAACUGUCAUAGCAGCUGGAUACUGGUUUUUAUUUGCUGUAACAUCCAAUAAAUCUGCCAGGAUACUGA